UGGCCCGGAUUUCUCGGAAUCAGAUUGUCUCAGACUGAUGAUUGCAUUCCGCUUCCGCUCUUUCUUUCCGUCAGAGGCAUCAUCAAUCCGGCCAUGAUUCUGCGACGUAUAUUGAUGCUGGCCCUUCUUGGGCUGGUGGCGUUCGUUGCGGCUGCGGAGCAGCUUCCCCAGUGUGCGGCUACCUGUCAGAAAGACACUCUCGCGGACAACACGACGUCAUGCAGCACGAAGGACCUGCAGUGUCUGUGUGACGAUAAGAAAUUCCAAGAUGCUGUGACAGUUUGUGUCACGGCGAGCUGUUCAGGGCGAGAGGCACUGACGGCGAAGCACGUCAGUUCUCAACAAUGCGGCGUCCCGCCGCACAAGGGCCACCCUGAGGUCGAAGGCGCGACGCUGGUCCCGUUGAUCCUGGCCGGGAUUCUGUUCGUGGUCCGUAUGGCGGCCAAGAUCAUGGGACUGGGUGGUGGCUGGGGACCCGACGACUAUACGAUUAUCGUCGCUGAGGUUUUGGGGAUUGCCAUCUUUGCGCUGAACGUGGCCAUGAUCCACUAUGGAUUCGGUCAAAACAUGUGGGACAUCACUCCGAUGGAUAACAUCACCGUCGUGUACAAGCUCUUCUACGCCUUCGUGAUCAUCUACAAAGCGCAAAUCUCCCUCGCCAAAAUUUCCGUGUGUCUCUUCCUUCUGCGCAUUUUCCAGUCGACCGCCUUCCGCUGGACCACCUACAUCAUCAUCGGAUUGAACGCCGCCAUCGCCGCAACCUGGAUGUUGACAGACUCGCUGCGAUGCAUACCCGUGCAUCUGUCGUGGACGGCCUGGACGGGUGAGGAAACGGGCCAGUGUAUCGACUUCAUGACGGUGACGUUCGUCAACGCGUUCGUCAACAUCGCGGUCGACACGGCCAUGGUGCUGAUGCCCGUGUACGAGAUUUCAAAGCUGAAUCUGUCCGCGCGGAAGAAGGCGGGCGUGAGUGUGAUGUUCGCGAUGGGUCUAGUAUUGACCGUCGUCGCCAUCCUCCGAGUAAUCGUGUUCUGGUUCAACCGCUGGGGAAGCAACCCACUCGUGGAACUCCAACCCAUCGUGCACUGGUCCGUGAUCGAAGUCCAAAUCGCCGUCCUAUGCGCCUGUCUACCAACGACGCGUGCCAUGGUCGUGCAUCUCUUCCCCUGCCUGGUAAACGGCUCGGGAGCCAACUCGACACAGCAGCCGACGGCGCCGUCGAAGAUGUUCGGCGCCAGUCGCCAGCCGGGCAACAUCUCCAUGACGGUAUCGUACUCGGUGGACUACAACAACAAGCCGCACCAGUCGGACCAGAAUAGUUUUGUGCGACUGGUGGAGAUGGAUCCUAUCCGUGAUGAUUCCUACCCGUGAUGAAUGAGCUUUAUGUUCGGGUUGGAUAUAGGCGUUGGUAGCUGGUUAUUAUAGCACGCUGGCUACAUGUAUUAUAGCUUAAUCGGUAGAUAUGGAUGGG